GAGCAUCGGGGAGGGGCGUCCGUGAGACAGCGUCCAUCGGCGGAAACGGAGGGUUCAUCCGGUGCAGCAGGGAAGCCUUUCUUCUCCAGAGCAGGUCUGCUGCUGAAUUACAAUUGGGAUACGAAGCCACCAUGAACGAGGGGCUUUUUUCCCCUGUAUUCCUGCACGUUUAAUUAAUGAAGACAUCAAUCUCUCCUGGGGGAGGAUUUCUACCCUGUGGUUUGAUGCAGGAAUGAUUUUUCUCGGCUUGGUUUUGCUACAGAGGACCAUGGAGACCUCCGAAGGCAUCGGUCAUGCUCUCUGGUGAGGGCGUGACUCGGAGCGAGAGUUGUAAAGUCCCCAGAGUUACAUCACAUGGAGGUCAAAGGUCAUCUGAUCACAUCCAUGGGUUUGGGGGCUCCUGAUGUUCAAGGCUGCCAGGACAGCAAGCUGCAGGCGGAGCGGGUCGCGGCGCUGCAGGACAGGAAGCAGGCCCUGGAGGCUCUGCUCAGCUCCAGAGUGGGAGAGCUCAAACAUGUCUGUCUGCAGGAAGCUGAGCUGACUGGGAAGCUUUCACAUGCUUUCCCCCUGGAAACGGGAGAGAAACCCCCAGUGGUGCAGCGCAGAGCUGGCCUGCUGCCCAACACCAAGGCAGAGGAUGAGGCUGCCCAGAGAAAGCAGAUGAAGGCCAUCUUCACCGGGGCUCUGUACAGACACUCGGAGUCAGACCGAAAUAUCCCCAACAGCAAGAGGACGGUUCAUCGGGGCUGUCACACAGAGGACACUGUCAUGUCAGAGAGUACAAGCUCCAUGUCAGACUCAACAUCCCAUGAUAAUGAGUCUUCUCCCAGCGUGGUGGCGGACCAGCGCUCUCUGUCUCAGCCCCGGCUCACAGUGGGCAGCCCCGACCACAGGAUCAGCAGGAAGCUGUCGCCAGUCGAGAUCUACUACGAGAUGAGGACACGCCGCAACUCUGUCACCAGCUCCGUCAGCCCGACUCACUCUUUGCCGAGAAGUGCGUCUAACAUUGAAGGCAGAAGUGUUCCAGCUACGCCUCUGUUAGCUCGCACGGCUCCCAUCAGUGUUCACGUCAGGUCGGACGGGUCAGGCGGUAAUGGGCUGAAGCAGUGGUCCGGCAGCCUGGAUGUUCCCUACAUAAUCCCCCUGGCGCAGGAGGGCUCCUCUUCGGACCGCCGCGGCUGCCCCUACAGCUCCCGGGCGCGGCGCAGCAACAGCUCCGAGGCCCUGCUGGACAGAUCGAGCCUCCCCGACGACCCGGCCCCCAGGAACGGGAUGCCCCCCCGAGGAGGGCCCUACAAGAGCUCAGAGACACUGACCGACGGCAAGCUGAGGCACAUCCACCUGGGCAGCCCCGAGAGACACGCCGACGGCAACGUGGAUCAGGCCAAACUGCGCCUGUCGAUGGGCGACCGGGCGGCGGGCGGGGGCUACAACGAGCUCCUGAUGGACUACAUCUGGGGCAAGCAGCAGAGGAUGCAGCAUCACUUGUACCAGUCCACAGGCCGGAUCUGGCAGGACGUGCCCUCCCCUCGCUCCUCCACCGCGGCGGUGCCUCCCCACGCUAACGGAUUCUCCCACUCCCAGGUGAACCUCCCCAGCGCCGCGCCUCCUUUCAGUCCCAUGGUGCUCCGGGGGUCCCAAGCCGAGCUGCGCAGGGUCAAAGUCACCAGGACCAAAUCUUGUGGACCCUUUAUUCCUUUGCAGCAGCACCCCCAGGACGCCAUCCUGCUGUCAGCAUACGACUCUCCCCCCCCCGCCUCCGGGAACACCACAUCCUCCAUCCCCAACCUGCACCCCUACCAGACGGAUCUGUCGGGCCCCUCCUUCGGCCGCAGACCCCCUCAGUUCUCCCUCCCGACCCCAGAAGACUCGACGCGGAGCUUACAUAAAGCCCUGGCUCUGGAGGGUCUGAGGGACUGGUACCUGAGGAACGCCCUCGGCUACCCCCCCGCUACACCGAAGGGGAACGAGGCGGGGGUCUCUCGCCUCUCACACCCCCACCCGCUGGUGCACCAGCAGUCAGUCCAGGGUGACGCAGCAAGCCCCCCCCGCUCUCAGAUGCCCCAGUCAGCCAGCUUCCACGGCCACCCGCUGCACGGGAGGCAACUCAAGGGCUCAGGUCAUGUGAUUACUAUUUGA